UUUCUCUCUCUCUCUCACCAAGCUUCCAACCGCAAAAGUCAAGAUUGAUUGUAUUUUGUCAAGAUUUUGCUUCAUUUCCAGAUUAAACUCCAAAUCGGAUCAGCCAAUCUAAGAAAAUGGACAGUGAAAAGGAGGAGCGUAUUUCUAUAAAGAUAAAGGUUUUGUUCUUUGCCCGAGCAAGAGAUCUAACUGGAAUGACAGAUAUGUCCUUGGAAGUUUCACCGGGUACAACUGCGCUCGGUUGCCUAGAUAAGGUUAUUACAAAAUUUCCAGGCCUUGAAGAGAUCCGUAACUGUAUGGUACUUGCCCUAAACGAGGAAUACACUCCCGAGUCUACUGUUGUUAAAGAUAGAGAUGAAUUAGCUCUUAUACCUCCUAUUAGUGGUGGCUAGAUAUCCUCUCUGUCCAUGCUUAUGUUAGUGGAAUGUACUUGUAUUAUAUGAUUUAUCGCAAUCAUGCGUGCAUAUUACGAAUACUUUUGUAUGUCCCCAGAUUAAUGAAGUUUGAUGAGAUAUCCAGUCCGAGAAAUCAAACAAAGAAUUUGUGUAUUACACAUCUUUCUGGUUUUCAA